AGUUGGCAUAAAGGUCACAAUUCACAACAAAAAUGGCUGCCUUGUCUCUUAGGAUGCUAUCUAAGUCUAAGGCUAACAUUGUUGCUACUAGUGUAAGAGCAUUUUCAGCGUCAACUGUCAAAUAUAUAAAUGAGGGGCCAAAUGUUUAUAAGCCUACACAUACGGGACAAGUUUGGGACAAAGAUGAUUAUAGAAAUCUUCGCUUUGUUGACAAGGACAAACUGAUCAAUCCUAAUUGGGCAAUAAAUCUUAUCCAAGAAGAUCCAGUUGUGGUGGUAGACAAGAAUCAUGCCUGGUCCAAUAGCUGUGGAGCUCUAGGUCACCCUAAAGUUUAUAUUAAUUUGGACAAACCUGAAAUAGCUGUCUGUGGUUACUCAGGGCGAAAGUUUAUCCAGAAGAAAUACUACAAUGAAGCCAAGCAUGGCCCAAGCAUAACAUAUGAAGCCUAUCUGGAGCAAAUGAAAGGAGAUUCUAGAUAAAGAUGUUAUAUUUUUUUCUGUAGAAAUUAUGUGUACAGUUGUAUAAUAGAGUGUGGGCUUGAAAGUUAUAUAGCAAAGGAUAUUGACUUUUAAAAUCUCUUUUAACAUGGUAUAGUGUUAAUAAAUGAAGUUCAAUAAAUAUAA